AAAUGUUAACUAAUUUGUGGKCAUUUGMCAAGUGGUCAACUAAUUGGUGGCCAUGAAGUUAAUACAGGUAUUGUUUUAUGUGAUCCUAUUGAUGGUAUUCAUACCAUUGAUAACGGUAUACCUGUUUGACGGCGCCGACGACGACCAAUCACUAAUCGGUGGUACAACAACUGGUCACCAUUAUAUGUCGGUACAGAAAGCGGCUAACAAUGGAUUACCGAUUGAGCAACAGUUAACCCAUCGGUUGAUUGAACUGUCCGAUCGACUAAAGCACACACAGAUGCUGUCCACUGACCGCAAACGGGACAUCAAUGGACUGAAACAAGAUAUUCARCAAUUGCGGGACGCCAUCAAACUGACCAAUUGGAUUAACACUGGUAAUGGUGUCCAAUCGCAUGRCACCGCCGAUGACCGCCAACGGUUAAUGGCCGCAAAUGACACUAAUGUCCGCCAAUUGAUUGAUAGACUUGAAAGUACAGGCCGUAGAUUUGGUUCGUCUAGACUAUCAUCAGAUGUACUACAGUUGCCAUCUAUUCACCAUUUUUUACCACAUUUGCUAUCGUCGAGCGAUUCUCUUAGGCCGGCAUUUCGUCUGACCAGAAAUGAACGAAACUCUGCGACAAUGGUGUUGGGUGUGCCCACAGUUAAGCGUGAGGUCGAGUCAUAUCUGGUAUCAACACUGCAUAACCUCAUCGACAAUAUGUCGGUCGAUGAACGCAAUGAAACAGUUAUAGUUGUCUUCAUAGCUGAGACUGAUUUAGAUUUCGUGACAAAAACGGCUAAUGAUUUAGAAUCACAAUUUGGUGAUCACUUGGACUCAGGUCUACUGGAGAUUAUAUCGCCUCCCGCUUCCUAUUAUCCUAAUAUGACUAAUUUGAGACAAACAUUAGGUGAUCCAAUUGAUAGGGUUCGGUGGCGAACAAAACAAAACUUAGAUUAUGGCUAUUUAAUGAUGUACUGUCAGCCAAAGGGGACAUAUUAUGUGCAAUUAGAGGACGACAUACUCACUAAGCCGUCAUAUUUAACAAAAAUGAAGAAUUUUAUAGUCAAGACAUCUCUGCAGAAGAAGCAAUGGCUGAUUCUCGACUUCUGUAGUCUAGGAUUUAUCGGAAAAGUGUUUAAAUCGGUAGAUCUAUCGAUGUUUAUAAUAUUUUUCGUUAUUUUCCAUAACGACAAACCUGUUGACUGGCUUCUGGAACAUCUGAUCCAAACAAAGUUAUGUCGGUUUGACAGAGAUGUCAAAGACUGUAAGAAACAGAAAGAGUUGGUAUGGCUGCACCACAAGCCUUCACUKUUCCAACACAUUGGCACCCAUUCCAGUCUCAAAGGAAAAGUCCAGAAACUCAGGGACCGGGGAUUCGGCAAAYUGUCUCUCUAUUACCCACAUAAAGACAAUCCCAAUGCCAUAGUGGCCACAACAUUGACGCACUAUAAGGGACAUAACAUAGAGCGGUGUUAUUUUGGUGAUACAUUUUUCUGGGCACUUACACCCAAAGCUGGCGAUAAUAUAACUUUUACGUUUGAUCCACCCAUUUCAUUGGAAAGGUAUUUUAUACGUACAUCCAAUUCAGAGCAUCCCGAAGACAAACUAAUAGACGCCACUGUCGAAGUCCUACCCGUUAGCAAACUUUUGUCAAUACCCAACCAUCUGAGUGUUACACCAGACGGCUAUAUUAGAAUCGGAGGUUUCAAAGUCAUGAAAGGGAUGGCYAACGGCUAUGUCCCGCACUUAAUAAGUCCGGUCAAACAAUUGAGGAUUAGUAUAACUGCUGACUCUGAUCGAUGGGUUAUCAUUAAUGAGAUUUUAAUCAAAACGUUCAGUGAAGAUACGGAUACAGCGAUGAAAUAAUAAAAACAAUCAUCGGUUUUGUGGCCAUUCGUGUGAAUAGUUAAAUAAAUAUAAGGAAAC